UCUUUGUGUUGUUAACAGCUGUUGACAUAAAAACUAAAGAAAAACACGUAAAUUACGGAAAAUUUUGGAAAUCUGGAUAAAAUUCAUAUUUUCUGCCUGUUUUCGUUGCGAAAUAAAAACUAGUAACAUCUUUAAAAGACUGCGAUUUUGUAAGCAUUUGCAAAAUGAUAAAUUCUGUACGCUAUGAGCGUGAGAAUUGCGAUCGCAUGCAAUUCAAUGUUUUAAAUGAGAGCACCGUCAGCGAGGACAAUAUAAUUCUCGAAGGUGAAUCACCUCUAACUCCCAGUGUAACAAUAUCUGGGAGCAGUACCACAAACACAGAUGAAGCAGUGGGAGCCGGUAAUAUUUUAUGCACCCAUGAUGGAGUACUGCUAAAGAAGGCCAGUGCAGAACACAUUGCUGAUCUAAACAAUAGUGGCUCAUUGUCAUUGGUGGAAUAUGGUCCACCUCGUCGGCUCUUCGUUGAAUGGAAACCUAAUGAGAAUAUUUUGAUAGCAGACGACAGUCAAGAUCAGGAAGACUGGGCAUUGGUCGAUACCAUUUCGCGUAGAUCUCGCACAAUUUCCGAAUGCAAAGCAUUUAAUACAAAACCCAUGGAAACAUCCACGGGUUCACUUAAAGCCAGAUGCAUACGUACAUGCCUGGAAGAUCUCUCAGGCAUAGAAGUCAAACAUCGUGGCCAAACAAUACGUUUCAUUCGCAAGCUAGAUGGCACUUUACAUUCGGAGUUCUUUUUCCAGCAUGGCAAUGCAGAUCUGUUUGUGCGCAGCAUGCGUCAAUUGCACAUUAUCGAUUUUAUUCCAUCCACUCGAAGUGGCGAGGAAUAUGUGAUUUUGACAACCGAAACACAGAAAUUAAAGAAAACUUUUGCCGAACUUGACAUCGGAGAGAUAAAGGCAAGUUCAGUGGGCAAUGAGAGUUGGUUACCCAACAAAGUUGUGGGUUUCCUUGCUAAUAUACCAGACUACGUGUCACAUAAAGCCCCACCACGGGUAAGGCCUGGAUCAUUGGAUGACAAAGAACGCCAAAUAGCCUCGCCGCCAUCCGACAAAUACCAAAUGGUGGGACUGGCAGGAAGCUCUAACACUUCAGGAUCUCGAAGUAGGGGAAGUAGUUUGGACAAAUCCCCCGAUUUGGAUUCAAGUGGUAUGGAAAAUGUCAAAGAAAUAGAUGAGAAAAUUAUAGCUCCUUUGCCAGAACGCAAGCCCAUGAAGCGUGGUUUGCCUCUCAACGAAAACCAAUGGUUGGAGUUUAUGACCCCCGAAUGUCGAGUGUCCGAUCCAAGUCGUGUCCUCGAAAUUAUAUUCAAGGGAGGCAUUAAGCCCAGUUUACGUCCUGAAGUAUGGAAAUAUCUACUCAACUAUUAUCAAUGGAAUGACAGUGAGGUGGAGAAAAUAGCCCGCAGAAAAGAAAAGUCUAUGGAGUACUACAACAUGAAAGCCCAAUGGUUGUCCAUGACGGCAACGCAAGAAGCUAAUUUUUCUGGCUAUCGAGAUCGCAAGUGCCAAAUUGAAAAGGAUGUCAAAAGAACCGAUCGUUCAUUGGAAUAUUUUGCUGGUGAUGACAAUCCCAAUUUAACAACCCUUCAGGGUAUUCUUAUGACAUAUGUAAAAUAUAAUUUCGAUUUGGGCUAUGUACAGGGUAUGUCGGAUCUGUUGGCACCCAUAUUAGCAAUUAUGGAAAACGAAGUCGAUGCAUUUUGGUGUUUUGUUGGCUUUAUGGACAUGGUAUUUGCCAAUUUCGAUAUUGAUCAGGCAGGCAUGAAAACCCAAUUCUCUCAAUUACGCAGUCUUUUGGAAUUUGCCAACCCGCGUCUCUUCAAAUACAUGAAGACCCAUGAUUCCGACAAUAUGUACUUUUGUUUCCGUUGGCUACUGGUAUGGUAUAAACGUGAAUUUGCCAACGAGGAUAUAUUGAAACUAUGGGAAUGCCUAUGGACCAAAUUGCCCUGUCCCAAUUUCCACAUACUGAUCUCAGUGGCUAUUUUGGACCAAGAGACGGACAUAAUAAUCGAAAGCAAAUAUCAAUUUACCGAAAUUCUAAAACAUGUCAAUGAGCUCUCGGGAAACAUCGACUUACAGAGGACCUUGGAAACCGCGGAAGCCAUUUACUAUCAAAUCAAAGAGGCAGAACAUUUACCCAAUGAAAUAAGGCAGAUUAUAGGUGAGCCACUGCUAGAAACAGCCGAUCAUAGAGAUGAAGAUAACAGUUCGCCACAAUCAUUUGACGAUGGGUUCGAUGAACUGGUAAGAGAAUUGACACCAGAAGAAAUGAAACGAAAGCAAGAGCUGCUCGAGGAGGCCUGUGAACGUUCCAUGUUUUUACAAUACAUGUAGACACUUUAGGUUAAACACACUUGAAUAUUAUUUUUGUUAUGUUAUCUCUACGAAAAGAAACGAAAAAAUUACCCAAACACAAAAACACACACAAAAUUGGUUUUAGAUACUUUUUUUAUAGAAUAUAAGUUAUGCUUAAGUUUCCCAUGAUUGUCUCUUGUGUUUAUAUUGUAUUUAUCUCUAUCUCCCUUCUUGCAAAAGGCAGUCUUGCACAGUUUUGUGCAUAAUAAUCAAUGAAAGCCAGAAACAUUCAAACGCAUCAACCCAACCCAAUAUUAAUUGCUUAACGAUAACUAGAACAACAACUUCAAAUGAAAUACGAAACUAUAAAUAAUCUGCAAAAUAUACAAAGUCUAUUUGUUUUUAUUGCGAAAAAAAAAAUUCAAACGAAUCAACUAUUCAAUACAUACUUAGAUACCGACAUAUUGAUAAGAACCUACAGAAAUUCAAUUACUAAGAAGUGAAUCAAAUAUACCCAUUUUUUUAAAUAUCGUGUAAAA